UGGCGCAUGCGCAUUUGCUUUCAUGGUUUGUUGUCGGAGGUAAACGCAGCGCGGCACUUGAAGGAAUCAAUGGAGACAUUCCCAAACCCUCCGUGUCGUUCCUAGAAGAACUGAUAAAUGUCACAAAGACGUUUCGCUUUCGUGCUCCCACUUAAACAUGAAAAAUAUCACGCGUGUCUGACAACUCCCCGGCUAACUGUCUCCUAACGUCAAGCUAACACACAGCUGAGGUCCCAACAUGGCCAACAUGGCUCACUGGACUGCCUUCGACAAGGAGACAGAGAAGGAAACCAAGAGGCUGAUCAGAUAUUUCACUGGGGUGGAGGAUGAGGAGGAUCAGAACUUUCAACUGGCACUUAAAUUUGCCUGGUCCAAUUUCAAGUUUCAUCGGUACCUGGAUGUGGACAGUCACAAAGUCAGACGAAGUUUAAGUGGAAUCUACGAAAAGCUCAUGGUGCAUUCAGACUUGAGCAAAGCAGAAAGCUGGAUGAGGCUGACUGACGACUUCCUGAACUCAACUUUACCUAAUACAGAUGGAACAAAGACCGAUGCACACUACAGCUUACUGUCACUGCUGCUCUUCUUGUCGGAGUCCCCCUCAAACACAAGUUUCACUGAGAGACCCCGGGUGAAAGAGUCAGAAGAAGAGGACAACUUUGACUGGGGUAGUUAUCUGAUGGACGGUGAGGACAUAGACACAGGACCGUACCCAGAUACCCCUGAAUGGUCUGAAGAGGAGAGCGAGGACGAUGACAGCCAGCAACCCAUCAGCAGAGACGACUCUGGGAUCCAGCUGGACAGAACUCCGCAGGAGGACCCUGACAACAACAACAAGACGGUUCCAGUUACAUGGACAGUGGGAGAGCCUGACGCCCGGGCCUGGCUUGAACAACAUGUGGUGACGCCGUACUGGGUGGCUCAUGCGCCCCGAUUUCCUCACAGCUUACAUUUGCACUCCAACCUGCUCAAUGUGUGGGAUCAGCACCUGUACAACACUGACCCUUUGUAUCUACCUGAAGAAAAAGCCUUUGUCACAGAGUCCCAAGUCAUACGGGAGACAUUGUGGCUUCUCUCUGGGGUGAAGAAACAUUUCAUUUUCCAACAGCAUGAUGGAAAAGUGUCAGUGAGGAACAACGUGGUGGUCACUCACCUGACCAGUAACUGUCUGCGCUCCGUCCUGGAGCACAUCGCUGUGUACGGGCAGGCGGUGUUCAGGCUGCAGAGGUUCAUAGACGAGGUGACGGGGUACAGCUCAGAGCCCGGCCCACCAGGCUCCGGGUCUUCUCAUGGCUCCAAGAAGGGUUCAGAGCCACCCUUCAGGACCUACCAGGCCUUUGUGUGGGCGCUCAACAAGUACUUUACCGGCUUUAAAGAGGAGCUGACCACGAUCGAGAGGGAGCUCAUAUGCAAAGAUGAAACGGUGACCCUCUCUGCAGUCCUGGAGCGACUCAACCCUCACCUGGCUCAGAUCAAAGUUCUGCACAAAGUCUUCUGCACCGGGGUCGCUGAAGUCCCGCCUGAGACACCAAACGUAGUGCGGGCCUCUCACCUGCUCAACAUUCUGUACAAAGCCAUCAUUGAGUACGACAGUGUCGGGGAAGCAUCAGAGCAAGCUGUGGCUCUGUUGUUCUCUCUGUGGACGGAGACAGUCAGACCCUAUCUGGAGAUUGUGGAUGAAUGGAUUGUUCAUGGCCACCUCUUUGACCCUGCCAAAGAAUUCAUCAUCCAGAGGAACAAGGACGUCCCAGUGAACCACAGGGACUUCUGGUACGCCACCUACACCCUGUACAGUAUUUCUGAGACGACGGAGAACGAGGAGAAGCUGAACGACGCAGCCAGCGGGAGCUCUGGAGGAGAGCAGGGCGCACACAACCGGCAACUCACCAUGGUGUCCUUCCUCAAACCUGUGCUCAAGCAGAUCAUCAUGGCUGGGAAGUCCAUGCAGCUGCUGAAAAAUCUGGACUGCAAAGAGGAUGAACAGUCAGACAGAUCCUCUAGAGACGCAGAGAGGAAGAGUCUUUACACACUGUUUCUGGAGUCGGUGCAGUCACGUCUCAGCAGCCAGGAGGAGUCACCCACAGACACAGUAACAGAGCAGCAGGCCACUAAAAGGAGCCUCAUAAAGAUGCAGUCCAUCGUCGCUCAGCACCUGGAGAUCGAGGACGUCCAUGAUCCUUUGUUGGCGAUCAACUUCGCCAGGCUGUAUUUGGAGCAGACUGAUUUCCACGAGCGUUUCACUGGAGGUGAUUUCAUCGUGGACCGAUCCUCUCAGUCCGUCACCUGCCAAACGUUUGAGCUCACCCUGCGCUCCUGCCUCUACCCGCACAUCGAGAGGAGGUACAUCGAGUGCUGCGGGAACCUCAUGAAGACUCUAAAGAAGGACUACAAGCUGCUUGAAUACCUCCAAGCCAUGAGGAACUACUUCCUGCUGGAAGCUGGAGACACCAUGUAUGAUUUCUACACGGCUAUCUUUGACAAAGUGCAGGAGAAGGAGAGCUGGCAGCAGCCGUCUUUCCUCAAUGUGCAGCUGCAGGAGGCCGUUGGACAACGCUACCCCGAAGACAGCAGCAGGUUGUCAGUCUUCCUGGAGAACAUCGAUCCUGCCAGGAAAAAACAUCCUGUAAAUAAUCUUGAGGUUCUGACUUUGAGUUACAAGGUUCCCUGGCCUGUCGACAUUGUGAUCAGCUCCGAGUGUCAGAAGAUCUACAAUCAAGUGUUUCUCCUCCUGCUGCAGAUCAAAUGGGCCAAAUACAGUUUGGACACACUUCGCUUCAGCGAUUUAACAGCCGUCACCAAGAAGCUGGAAGGAGCCGUGUCUGAGGAAGUAAAAGUCAAAGAUCCAAUCAAUCAGCAGAUCCAUCGAAUGUGUCUGCUGAGGGUCAAACUGAUGCACUUCGUCAACAGCCUUCACAACUACAUCACUACCAGGAUUCUGCACAGUACAGGACUAGAGUUCCAGCACCAGGUACAGGAAGCUAAAGACCUGGACCAGCUGAUUAAGAUCCAUUACAGAUACCUGGCAACCAUUCACGACCGAUGUCUGCUGAGGGAGAAGGUCAGUUUUGUGAAGGAAGCGAUAAUGAAGGUUCUCAAUCUCGUCCUCAUCUUCUCUGACCGAUGGCAGGCUGGAUUUGGAGCCUGGAAGAUCGAGUCGAUUGACAAGAUGGAAUCAGAUUUCAAAAACUGUCACAUGUUCCUGGUGACGAUUCUAAAUAAGGCAGUGUGUCGAGGCUCCUUCCCUCACUUGGAGUCUCUGGCCCUCUCUCUCAUGGCGGGCUUCGAGCAGUGCUGAGGAUGCAUGCGCCGGUUUGAAGCGAUGGACUGAACUCCUCUGUUUGCGCCUCCGUCUGUCCUCUGACUGCUCUCAUUGUCUGUGAUGAUGUGCACCAUCUGAUGUCACUCCCUGCUCCGGCUGUUCAGACGUGAUGUCGGAGGAUCGUCUCCAUCUGAUGCUUUAGAUCCUCGGUCACAAAAGCUACUCGUGAGCAUGCGUUAGUGUCUUUGUUUAUAAAAGUGUACAUAUUUAUAAAUUGUGUUUUUUCUAUGAGCUGUUUGUCAAUAAUGUGUUUAUGUUAAGCACAAAUAAUCUUGCACACAUCUGAAUGCAGAGGUCAUGUUAGGCUGCUUGAUGUGCCAUUGCUUUGUAAUAAAAGUUUAAAACUUGG